AUGCACCUUCGAUUCAUCGAUACAUUCCGGUUUACACCUGAUAGUUUAGACAAUCUGGUCACCAACCUAGUCAAAUCAGCAUCGAAUCCAGAAUACUUGUCCAAAGUGCUGCCACAUACUGCCAAGGUGUUUGGAAACAAAUUGAGCCUUGUCUCAAGGAAAGGAGUGUUUCCAUACGACUACUGCAAUUCAUGGCAGAGACUCAAAGAAACAUUGCUACCACCCAAAGAGGCAUUUUUCAGCAAGCUGGUUGAUAGGAGUGUUAGCAAUGAUGAUUAUGAACAUGCUCAAACUGUGUGGAACCAAUUCAGUUGUAGAACUCUGGGAGAAUACAGUGACCUAUACUUGAAAACAGAUGUUCUCCUGUUGGCUGAUGUCUUUGAGAGCUUCCACGAUGUAUGCAUGAAGACUUAUGAUUUGGAUUGUGCUCACUACUUUACAUCUCCAGGCUUUUCCUUUGAUGUCAUGCUGAAAUAUACUAAAGUCGAGCUUGAGCUCCUUACUGACUAUGACAUGUACAUGUUUAUCGAGCGAGGUAUCAGAGGAGGAAUGACAAAUUGUAUACACCGUCAUGCUGUAGCCAACAAUGCCUACACAGGAGCGCCUAUUGACCCCGAGAAGCCUACAUCAUAUCUCCUGUACACAGAGGCGAACAACCUGUACGGCUGGGAGGACUUCCUAGCACCCUACAUCAUGCUAAACACCAGACUUCGACAGCAGUCAAAGAAUAAGUUUGAAAAGAACUUUUUCAAACUUAUGAACAAUGCUGUGUUUGGUAAGACAAUGGAGAAUGUGCGAAAAAGGAUGAGUAUGGAGCUAGUGAAUGACGAGAAUCGAUUGAAGAAACUGAUUGCUCGACCAGUGUACAAGGACCGCAUCAUCUUUGUGUUGGACAUAAGCAAGACCCUUAUGUACCAGUUCCACUACGAUGUGAUGAAACCUACGUACAAAGAGAACCUACAACUGCUUUAUCAGGAUACUGACAGCUUAUUCUACAUCGUGAAAACUGAGAACCUAUACAACGACAUCAUCAACAACCAACAACUGAAAGAUACCUUUGACACCUCAGAGAACCCUGCAGACCACCCAUGCUACUCAGAUGCAAACAAAAUGGUGCUUGAGAACAAGAAAACUCUUGAAUCUAAUCAUAUACGACUCAUGACAGCUCUAAGCAAUCACGAACAUUAUGUAUGUCAUUACCACACCCUAAAACAGGCAGUACAGCAUGGAUUGAAAAUCAUUAAAGUUCAACAAGGUGUGCAGUUUGAGCAGGAGGACUUCCUAGCACCCUACAUCAUGCUAAACACCAGACUUCGACAGCAGUCGAAGAAUAAGUUUGAGAAAAAUUUCUUCAAACUCAUGAACAAUGCUGUGUUUGGUAAGAUGAUGGAGAAUGUGCGAAAAAGGGUGAGUAUGGAGCUAGUGAAUGACGAGAAUCGAUUAAAGAAACUGAUUGCUCGACCAGUGUACAAGGACCACAUCAUCUUUGGCGAGAAUAUCUGUGCUGUUACGAUGCAUAAAGAGAAAGUGGAGCUCAAUAAGCCCAUCUAUAUAGGGUUAUCAGUGCUCGACAUCAGCAAAACCCUCAUGUAUGAAUUCCACUAA